AGGAAAGCAGCCAUCACACACCAUGACACUGAGAAGUCCUUAUUCUAAGAAAAUGAAUUUGAACACUCAACAUAAACAAAGCACCCAACCCAGAAGACCUGUCCUUGCACAACCGGCUACUCGGGGCCGGGCAGCACUGCAGCAGGACCAGGUGCAACAGGAUAAGAUCUGGAGAGAGUCUGUGGAGGCCGAACAGAGAGGAAGAAACAUCUGGUACCAGAACUGGAGUUUCCUAAAGGACUAUGACCUAAUGGGUAAGAAAAAGGAGCAGAAGCCACUGCCAAACUAUAUGCCUGUGUUCUCAAGCAAAGUUCCCAACUCGACCAACCAGACCAUUGGCAGUCGAAUGAAUACUGAACUUGGCAGGGCUCUGGUAAACAUGGAUUACUUCUUCAGCAGUGGAGCACAAAAGAGGAAACUUGAGGGUGAGCUCCAGCCUUGCUAGUGUUUCAGUAAAAAUACAACAGUAACAAAGCAAGUUGAAUGGUUCUAGCCAACAGACUCCAUAGCAUCUUAAAAAAUUCCUCAACCUUUUUCUCAGAGAGGCCAAUACUACUGUCUAGCAUGGAUUUUCUUUCAAUAGCAAAGAUGGAUGUUGUCCAACAAUGCCGUAGGAGACAAUUCUCUUCAUAGUUGGGGUGACUGAGCCGUAUACAGGGAGCUAACACUACAGAUCUCAUCCAUCUUCCCACGCAAGUCUACAGUAAGGUUUCCAUUAACAUCAGAAAUAAUGUGAUUACAGCCCAAAGGCAAUUUCUUCCUGAGUUUUUAUCUCCUAAAAAUAAACAAUUAAUGGAGAUACACUCAUAUAAACAACAUACUUUCAGUUCUGGAAGUCAGCACAAUAAAAUGCAGCACCAUGUUGCAUUUCACAUAGUUAGCCAAGGAUUCAUCAGCUUCUGUCAUCUGCAUAUUUAAGCUUGCUCUAAAGAAUAAAAUUUAAAGCACAAGACAUGUUCUGUGCUAUUCACCCCUCCCUGCUGAGGGAGGGAGACCAAAUUUUUUCACACUAGUUUUAAUUUUUGCUUCUUUAGAUUUGCUGCUCUCAA